CAGAAAAACAAAAUUAAAAACAUAAACUGGCUUUCUCUCUCUCUUUCAGUUCCGCUCAAUCCUCUGCAAGAAGAAGAAGCCAUUUUCUUCGCUACGGACAGAGAUCCCCAGAAGCCAGAGGUCAGAGGUUUCCAGAUUCCAGGUACCGGAAUUCUCAAUCCCUAAAUCUUUCGAUGUUUGGGUGAUUUAUUGCAUAGAAUUUACAAGAAUCCGUAGUUUUUUUUGAAAUUUUGAAAACAAUGCAUCCGGAUUGAGAAUUAGGGGAAUUGGGAUUUUAGGGUUAGGGUUAGGGUUAGGUUUAAGUGUAAGGGGUUGCUUGUUUGGUUGCAGAGAUAGUUGGGGUUUUUAAGUUUUGGAGGGUAGGAGGUUGUAGCUAUGAAGGGUCGGUCGCACCGGCUUCAGAGUUCGGACCCGCCGGAUGACUGGGUUAACGGGUCGUGGACCGUGGACUGCCUGUGCGGUGUCAAUUUUGACGAUGGGGAAGAGAUGGUCAAUUGCGACGAGUGUAGCGUUUGGGUGCACACCCGGUGCUCUAGGUAUGUGAAGGGAGAUGAUAAUUUUGUUUGUGAUAAGUGUAAGAGUAAGAACAAUAGGAAUGAUAGUGAGGAAACUGAGGUUGCGCAGUUGUUGGUUGAGCUUCCGACGAAGACUGUGAGGAUGGAGAGCUCUUAUGCACAUCCGCCUAAUGUGCCUACCAGGCGGCCUUUCCGGCUUUGGACUGAUAUACCGAUGGAGGAGAGGGUGCAUGUUCAGGGAAUCCCGGGCGGGGACCCUGCUCUAUUUGGUGGGUUGUCGUCGGUUUUUACUCCGGAGCUGUGGAAGUCUACUGGGUAUGUCCCCAAAAAGUUUAAUUUUCAGUAUAGGGAGUUCCCUUGUUGGGAUGAGAAGAAGGAGGAUGAUGCUAAAUUUGACGAGGAAAAUGAGAAUCCGGUUGAUAGAGGUGCUGGCGUUCUGUUCUCCUUGUUGAAGGAGAGUAUGUUGGCAAACCCAGUAGCUUCUUUGGUGGGGAUGAGGGGCCGAACAGAGGAUGGGGCGUAUAACAAGAAUGCAUCUUUGAAAGAGAGGAAAAGGUGGGAUAAUGAAGCUGUUGAUCUUAGGUGUGCUCAGAGUGGUGUGAAGAAGGAGAGAAGUCUACUUCGGCCUGUUGUGUUACAUUCGGGCAAGCGGAAAAAGGAUGAUUUGGGGACAUCCAAAGAUCGGAGUGGCAAGAAGAAGGCUAGAGCCGCUGAGAAAGAGGCUGAUGCAAAGAAGAGAGGUGCACAAUCUUCUAAAUCAGUGUUUACACCCACGAGUGAUGCAAAACAAUUGGAAUUUUCUGAGGACAGAGGUCCGAAGAUUUCCAAGGGUGACAUUCAGAGUAAGAAUAGCAAGAAGUUUAGCGAUUCCAUGGUCAGAGAACCUGCAUCAGAUGGUUGUCUUCCAGUAGACUCUACUGUUGAAAAACACUUGUCAGAAGCCUUAAUUUCUGACACGCAUAAACAGAAAAUUUCAAUUGGUGAUGGACUGAAGGAAGACAAGGUCGGCCACCAAGUUCCUGUAGUGCCGGAGAAUCUCACUCUCACCAAAACUAUUGAUGCUGUUGCUUCAUUGUUAGAGCACAAUGAUGGUGCAACUGAUUGUGAAAAGAAAGAGGGAGAUAGGACAGCAGAUGACACGUUGGAUGUGCAACCUCUGAUUGGAGAUGUCGCUGCUUCAGAAGUUAAGAAUCAGAUUCAAUAUUCUACUGGUGGGAUCUCUGUAGAACCUCAUUCUAAAUUGAAAACAGAAGAACGUAAUGAGAAUUGUAGUAGCUCAUUGAAAGUUCAGCAUUCUCCUCAUGCUGAUGCAAAAGAUCUCAGCGUAUCUUCUGAUCACAUGUCUGAAAGUCUGAGAAUCAAUGAGGUACUAGUAAACAGCCCACUAUCAAGUGACCAUAAGGUGCUUGGUGCUGACAGAAAUUCAGAAGCGGCUAGUGAUUCUCGUAAAGACAAGGGCGAUGAGUUAUCUGGUGAUCCUUGUCAACUUAAACAGGAAUUGGAAGGUUCUGAGGGUUCCAUGGCUCUGCAACAAAGUCCGGCAGAUCCCAAACACAGUUUGGGGUCUCCUGAAGAGCUUUCAAAACCAGAUGGAAUUAUGUUAAACUCUCCGGCCAUACCCAGUCAGUGUAAAACAAUAGCAUGUGCUGGAAAAUCUUCUGCCGUUUCAUCCACCGUUGCAGUGUCCAUAUCAUCCACUUCUGAUAACUUAAAAUCUGGUGAUGCUCAGAAUCCUCAUCCAAUUUCGAAGCAACGAGUAAUAUCUGAAAGUAAUGUUAGCACUAAGAAGGAUCGUGCUUCAUGUGACAACUUGGACGAAGACAGGGACAAUAUGUCAAGGAAAACAGUAAAAGAGCAUAUCAGAUCCUCUACAAAUUCUACUCUGAAAACCUCACACUUGAGCAGGAAUCAUGAUUCCAAGGGGGCCACAUCAGAAUCAAAAGAUUCAAUGCAUCACUCAUCUUCCAAGACAUCUCCAGCAGGGAAUACUGCUGUUCCUUCAGGAUCUAGUGAGCCUGCUGGAUCACUGCCCAGCCAGAAGGCUUUACAUGUACAAAAUAAGAGUUCAGCUUCUAGUGCAUUGCAAAGAGGUGAAAAGUUCAACCAUACAACUUCAUCUAAGACUAAUCAGAAUCACACACCAUCUGCUUUUCCCCCUGCACCACCAAGUGUGCAGGCACAAUUAAGUGACCAGGAGAUAGCUAUGCUUUUGCAUCAAGAGCUCAACAGUUCUCCGAGAGUACCUCGUGUACCACGUGUUCGCAAUGCGUCUAGCUUACCUCAAUUGACUUCUCCAAGUGCAACAAGCACGUUAAUGAAGCGUACAUCUAAUUCUGGAGGAAAGGAUCACAGUUCGGUCUUUAGAAGAAAAAUCAGGGAUGCACCUAAAGAUGGGUCCCGAAGUUCACGUGAACAUGAUGAAGAAGCUAAAAGGACGGGCAGAAUAUCAUCUUCUCCAGAUCGAAGACGACAAGAUGCAUCAGAUGUUGCUAGUAAGAGGGAGGACAAUGGAUCUUCGGCAGCGGUACUCUCUGGCAGGAAGAAUAUUCAUUCUUCCUCCACUCAUACUGCAAACAGUGGACCAUCUUCGUCCAAUGAGGCUAAUGAUCGCAAUAUGUCAUCUGUACGCAGUUCGCCUAGGAAUGUCUCUGAUGAUGAUACAGGCUCAGUUGGUCCGAUUCAUCGUACAUUACCAGCCUUGAUAAAUGAGAUUAUGAGUAAAGGCAGACGCAUGACAUAUGAGGAGCUUUGUAAUGCUGUGAUGCCGCACUGGCAUAACCUGAGAAAGCAUAAUGGAGAGCGUUAUGCAUACACAAGUCCUUCACAGGCUGUUCUUGAUUGCCUUCGAAAUCGACAUGAAUGGGCUCGGUUAGUUGAUCGUGGUCCUAAGACAAAUUCAAGUAGGAAAAGGCGAAAAGCAGAUGCUGAAGAUUCAGAUGAUAAUGAAUAUGGCAAGGGAAAAAAUCCAAAGGAGUUGGAUGGUAAAAGCAUUGAGACACAGAGAGAGGACUACCCCAAGGGCAAGAGAAAAGCUCGAAAACGUAGGAGAUUGGCUCUUCAGGGAAAAGGUAUAAAGGAUGUCAGGGAGAAGCGGAAGGCAGAUAUGCUUACCGACGAUGAUGUUGGACAGUCAUUUUCUAAUUCCACCGAGGGAAGCAUGUCCACUGAGGAUGAUAUUCAGGGAGGCGGAGCAUGCCCGGCUCUCAAUGUGGCCAUGAAGCCUCUCAGUCCACCAUCCCUUCUUUCCCGUGACGCUGUUGCAGCUGCCCUACGGCUUUGA